AUGAUGGUGAUUGGACGCACAGGAAGAUGCUGCUUGCUUUUGCUGUUGCAGCUAAAGGCCAUGGAGGUUCCUAUCAAUCGUCCGUUCCAGGUGGUGCGGCCGACUGCAAAUCAUUCUUCAAUGCUGCCUGUGCCAGACGGACUUGCCAGGUUGGCAAGCCAUCCCAGCAGCAUAGCAAUCAUAUCUGUCGUGGGCCCUUUCCAUUCAGGGAAGAGCUUUUUGCUGAAUGCACUGCUCGGUGACACGAAGGUUUUCCAGAUAGGACGGAAGACGUCACCUGAGACAGAAGGCAUUUGGUUAUGUCGCACAGACAUGAUUGCAAGCGACGGUUCUGAGGUUUGGCUUAUGGAUUCAGAGGGCUUCUUUGGUCCAGGAGUGGCAGAAAGCUACGACGCCAAAAUCUUCACCAUUGCCACACUCCUUGGAGGGCACCUUGUGUACCCUCCUUGUAUUCCCAGCAGGCCAAGACCAUGUUUGCACGUUUUGGUGAGGCAUUCGCAGCCAUGA